ACAUGCCCCAUCAGUCAAGAACAUUUUUGUCUCCGCCGGGGAUGGUCAGCGGGGAGGAAAUCCCCGAACACUCCGUUCUCUCCUGAAUCUGAAGAAUACGGCCCCAGGAAGUAGUCCAUGGCAAAUAAGUGUCCAGAAUGGUAAAUAUUGCACCAAAAUAAAGGCAAAUCGGCAACAUUGGCGCGAACUGCCUACCAUGACUACAGACCGCAGAAUUAGCGCUUAUCGUCGCCCGUUGUCAUCAGUAGCGUCACGUUCGUGCAAUAGUUAAAACAUGGCGUCGGCAGGCACGCAGCAACCAGCGAUCGGAUCGUCGCAACCGACAGACCAAAAAGGCAUUCCGAAAUCGAAACGGAAACUUCAAAAACAUCUGCGCAGUGCCGGAUUGGCGUACGUGUCGAGAACUGGCAAGCUGAUACCCGCCAAAAAAGUGUCAGACGAACUGUGUCAAUGUCCACACAAAUGUGAUGAGUUGGUCUCAAGUGAAGCCAGACAACGACUAUUCCAGCACUUCUACGGACUGGGUGAGGCCGAUUUGCAGAACAAUUUUUUGAGGCAAAACAUGGACUUGCGGGCUAGACUAAAUAUUCCUGAAACUACCGGCAGUGGGCGUCCUCCCAGGAGGAUCACCUGUAAAUACUUGGUACCCUUACUGGAUGAAAGCUUAGCUGAAGACGAUUUCCUCUAUUUUGAGUCAAAAGUACAAGCCACUAUCUACUCUAUUAGCGACUAUAUGAAUAUUUUACAAAAUCGAGCAGUGGAAGUGUGUCAAAAAGCCUUUGUUAGUGCCUUUGUGAUAACCACAAAACGAGUGAGAUUGCAACGAGAAAAACUCAUUGCCAGCUUAGGAUUGAACAGUUACCGAAGUCACAAUAGAAGCAAAAAAGAAAAGGACGACAAAUCCCAGCUAUUCACUACCCUUGAAACGAAUAACAACAACAACAGUCUGGUGCUGAACAACAACACCAUUACCCUAAAUUCCAUUAAAUCCAAGUUCAACUUGCCUUCAAAUCUGAGUCUUAGUACCUGCCAAGUUAGUGGCUCCAAUUCCACCCAGGACCAGCCAGAGUCGAUUUCCGCCAAAAGACUAGCCUGCAUUCUGGGCAAAAAGUCACAAGAAGAGCUGCGGGAGUUGAACAUAACUUUAGAGCGAAGCACUUCGUCAAGUGAUUCCGAAGACGACGAAACAGCAGUAAAGCCGUCGCCGCCCAAAAAAUUCAAGAAGCAAAGGAAUUCAAACUUGUUAAAACUAGACAAUCCUCUCCUGCCCUUUGGCUUGGUGAUACCAGACGGAGUUACCAUUGCCCCAGUCAUGGGUCCAGAUCACGACAGGGAUAUUGCCAUAGUCAACAACUUCUUCCACAACCAACUUUGGAAACCGGAGUAUAUCGGGGCCUACUCUUGAUAAUAACAAGGUACCAUAUAGAGUAGGAUGCAUAUUAACAACAUAAAACAACAUCGUACUGGAAAAGAUGCAACAACACUCCUUCUCAAUGGCUGUAUGUUUGGAUAAACCACUAGGUGAUCAUCGGUCCAAUUAUCUCAGGACUAAGUUUCUUAUUUAGUCAGUCGUAGACAGGGCUGGGUUAGUUUAAGGCUUUUAAAUGGGCUUAGAGCAAACAGGGUAAUAUUGAUGGUGUACCACAACCAACAUGCUCCCUCACACUUAAGAACGAAGAUUUAAUUAGAAAGUUACCGUAAGUUAGACAAUUGCACUUUUACUACUUAAAAAACGAUAUUUUUGUAAAUAGUAUACAAAAGUUUUGCUAGGAAAUUUGUAUGAGAUCCGACAUCAUUCAGCUUACUUUCUUACACAAGUAAAAAGGUUGGAUGCUGAUGAAUGAGUCUGAAACAUGUUACAGUCAAUGCCUUAAAUAUGUCAGUAUAUAACCAAAGAACUUACAGUACCAACACAUUUGCAGAGCGAUUUUUAAUUACCUGUUAACAGUUGAAUUAACAUUGCUUGGCUUACAAAAUUGAGCCUCUUUAACUGAUCAGAGUAACUUAUUUUUUUAACCUGCGCCGCUGCGACAAAUACCAAAUACACUUUCAAAACUACUACAUACACGCAAAACGGUUAUACCAUAAUAAACCCAAAAAUUGUGAUAGAAAAUGAUGUAGGGGGAUCGUUAAUUUUUUCAUUUUUAUACACUGUGUCCAACGGAAGCAGGGUCAGGAUGGGAACAGCAGAAACCGGAGAUGAAACAAAGUCGGUUGAAUGGAAAACAACAAAUGAGCAACAAACAAAAUGGGGCUUUAAAACUUUUCAAACGAAUUUCUAAUUCUGACUUGUUCAAAAGAACUCCUUUCGUAUUUGACAUCAUUAACAUUUUCACCUUCAAUUAAUAACACAGAAUUUAGCAAUAAAACAAAUGCAAAAAAUUGUUUUAAAUGUUGUUCAUUUCUGCAUAUUAAACUAAAAAUUUAACAAAACAUACAUAAACAAUAUACACUUUUAUUAAAACGAAACGUUUAGGCAAAAGAUGACAAUCUGAUCUUGAUAGUGCUAUGAGAAAGUAUGGUCGGUUUCGCUCUGGACUACAAUAACCACAAAAACUAAUAUAAUCGAAGUUAAAAAAAAGGGUAAUAUUACUAGUCUCUUAAAGCUUGGACACAGUGUAUAUGUUCACUAUUAGUAGGUAUAUAUUAUAUAAAUGUUGAUGUUUGACGGCUGUUUGUGUACAUAUUACAAACGUUUUACUAAACCUGUUAAUGCAAAUCUACUUAUUUUAUGCCGAAUGGCACGUAGUCAUUAUCUAGUUUUUCAAAAAGUUAUAUAUUUUCUGUUAUGUAUAGCUUGAAUAGAAAGAUGUAAAUAUAUUUAUUGUGUUAAUGGAACUAAUCUAAACGCCUUAAAAAGUGUACUUAUUAAAAAUAUGCAAUGAGAUUUUCAAUUUUCUGGGGCUGUUUUAGCAUAUUAGGUGAUCAACGAGUGCCUAUUACAACAACCAUACCCAUCAAUGUAGAAACAAUGUGUUUAUCAUUAUUAAUUCACAUAGUAGUACGAACAAGCCUUUGAGAAUUCUGGAUCGAAAUGUAUAUAUAACUAGUAACUGUGAUUGUGAUAUAAAAUAAUAUCAGACAAACGUUUCCGUAUAGGGUCAUCUAACAGGGAUUUUCUUAAUUACGGUAUUAAAAAAUACAAUGUAUGGGUAAAUUAAGUAUAUAUUUUUAAAGAACUUAUAUUGAGAGUUUGUAAUUAGAGGUGGUUUGAAUAGGACGUUUCCAAAUUAGUCUACUUUCAGCUGAACGGGUUUCAGUCAUCUACUUAAAAUAACUUUAGUUGAAUAUUAUAGGUUUUUAGAAGCAUCUUAUUUGUUGUAAAAUUGUGUUAGUUAGCAAUUAGUCACCCAAACCCUUCUAUCAGUCAGACGUUUUUAGCGAGUACUUAUACCAGACAUAGUGGCUUUAUUACAAUAUACUGUUCUAUUAUUAUUAUUAAUUAUUAUUAUUACGAUUAUUAGUCAAAUAAAUUAAUUUUGUUGUUUAUAUUUUUGAGAUAUAGUUUAUAAAAGCAUUGCUUAGUUUUAUCAGGACGCAGUUUUACAUAUUGUAUUCUUACUGUUUGUUUUCAAAUAAAAAAUUCAAACCA